AUGGAGGCUGGAAUACUUGCGGAGGGAGGACAAAUGUCGCUUUUCACACGUUCUUCCCGUCUACUUUACAGUGCUGUUCGUAAUGCAUCAAAUGCCGCCCGAAGCAAAGUAUUCUUUGAUGUAAAUAUUGGUGAUAAGCCAGCUGGGAAAAUUACAAUCGAGCUCUUUAAUGAUGUUGUGCCGAAGACUGCGGAGAACUUCCGCGCACUUUGCACAGGAGAGAAAGGCACGGGAAAAAGCGGUAAACCUUUACAUUAUAAGGGUUCCGCGUUUCAUCGCGUUAUACCGGAGUUCAUGAUUCAGGGUGGUGAUUUCACACUUGGUGAUGGAAGAGGUGGAGAGUCCAUCUAUGGCCAAAAGUUCGAGGAUGAAAAUUUCAAACUGAACCACAGCGGUCUUGGCUGUGUUUCAAUGGCAAAUGCAGGCCCCGACACCAAUGGCAGCCAAUUCUUUAUUUGCACAGCUGAUACACCUUGGCUUGAUGGCAAGCACGUCGUAUUUGGAAAAGUUACUGAUGGCAUUAGUGUAGUGAAGAAGAUUGAGUCUAUGGGAUCGCGAUCUGGUCGACCCAAAGAGAAAAUUACAAUAGCUGAUUGUGGUGAGAUUAAGUCUUCGGAGUAG